AUGCACCGCCAUUCACAGGCGCAGCUGCAGCCGCGUGCUGCAAAUUCACUUGCUGAUUUCAGAGAGCGUUAUCCAAUGGAUGACCGCGCCUUUGCAGUUCUGGAACGAACUAGCUCAGGGGUUCAAAAUACUGUCCUGGCAGACUUCCGGCCACGAAGGGAGGGCGAGUCUGACUACUCUGCUCUCGUGAUGGCCUUCAUUCGUUCCAUUGAAGCUCGGGCUGGCUCAACCAUCGAUCGCGGCCGUGGAGGUCGCGGAACCUAUCGCAGAGACGACGAUGAUGGGAGCCGCAGCUGCAGCGAGAGCGGCGGACUUGAUGACCGACACUAA